AUGCAUGAGAGUAAGCUGAACGUUUGGAAAUGCUUAAUGAAAAACAGGAUGUGGUGCAGGAGGCUGGCGUGCCUGCUCGAGGCACCGCGCUGGCCCAGUGGAAGCCCUCGCCGUCGCUCGCCGUGGCUGCCCCGCGCCAGAAGGACCGUCCUCGCCGCAGCACCUCGCUGGCAUCACACCGCCCCCGAGUCCCUCAAGUGCGCCUGGCGGCUCCAUGGUGACCACCUGGAGCUGCGGUAUGCCGACACGCUGAUGCGCUUCGAUUUCGUGUGGCUGCGGGACCACUGCCGCUCUGCUUCCUGCUACAACGCCAAGACCAACCAGCGCAGCUUGGACACGGCCAGCGUGGACCUGGGCAUCAAGCCUAAGGCUGUUCGAGUGGACGAGACCACACUCUUCCUCACGUGGCCGGACGGGCAUGUGACGCGAUAUGGGCUAGAGUGGCUGGUGAAGAACAGCUACGAGGGGCAGAAGCAGCAGGUCAUGCACCCGCGGAUCCUCUGGAAUAAAAAAAGCUACGGGCAAGCCCAGGUCCCGUCUGUCGACUGCCGGAGUUUCCUGGAGACGGACGAGGGGCUGAAGGAGUUCCUGCAAAACUUCCUGUUGUACGGGAUCGCUUUUGUAGAGAACGUCGCUCCCACCAAAGAGGACACGGAAAUCUUGGCAGAAAGGAUCAGCUUAAUCAGGGAGACCAUUUACGGGAGGAUGUGGUACUUCACCUCCGACUUCUCUCGGGGAGACACAGCCUAUACCAAGCUGGCUCUGGAUCGGCACACCGACACCACCUACUUCCAGGAGCCCUGCGGCAUCCAGGUGUUUCACUGCCUGAAGCACGAGGGCACGGGCGGGCGGACGUUGCUGGUGGACGGUUUCUACGCGGCGGAGCAGGUUCUCCGGCAGGCCCCUGAUCAGUUCGAGCUGCUCAGCAAGGUGCCCUUGAAGCACGAGUAUGUUGAGAACGUGGGCGACUGUCACAACCACAUGAUCGGAGUCGGGCCGGUGCUGAACGUCUACCCCUGGAACAACGAGCUUUAUCUGAUCAGAUACAACAACUAUGAUCGUGCUGUCAUCAACACUGUGCCUUAUGACGUUGUGCAUCGCUGGUACGCCGCCCACCGCACGCUCACCGCAGAGCUCAGGAGACCAGAAAAUGAACUGUGGGUCAAACUGAAGCCAGGCAAGGCGCUGUUUGUCGACAACUGGCGCGUCCUGCACGGGAGGGAAGCCUUCACCGGGCGACAGUCCGCAGGCCGCGCGCGGUACCGCCAGCUCUGCGGCUGCUACCUGACGAGAGACGAUGUCCUGAACGCCGCGCGCGUGCUGGGCCUCCAGGCGUAG